UGGGAGGCGCCUGUUACGGGCCGCGUGUGUGCUCACAAAAGCGGACCCCCGGAGGUUUGGCGGAGUCAAAUCGGCCGGUCCCGGCGCGCUGUCAGGCGGCGCGCUCCCUCUGGGCCAUGGCGGCGCGUGGCAGCUGAAGUUUAUGUUCGGCCUCCAGGACGCCGCGGGCCUAAGGGGCCCCAUGGCCGGCCUCAAGGAAGAACCCCUGGCGCCCCUGCGCGCCGCUGGCUGGAUGCAGCCGGCCAUGCUUGACCAGAGCAGAAAUAUGGAAGCCGUUUGCUCGGAAUACCUGGUGCCUAGCCAAAGGAUGCUAUUCAGUGUGGGCCUGGGCCGCGCGCACUUCGAGAAGCAGCCGCCGUCGAACCUGCGCAAGAGCAACUUUUUCCACUUCGUGGUCGCGCUCUACGACAAGGCCGGCCAGCCCGUGGAGGUCGAGCGCACAGCCUUCGUCGGAUUCGUCGAGAAAGGACAGGAAUCGGACGGCCAAAAGACCAACAACGGCAUCCACUACCGGCUGCAGCUGCUCUAUGCCAACGGUGUCCGGCAGGAGCAAGACCUUUACGUCCGGCUCAUCGAUUCUGUCACCAAGCAAGCCAUCGUGUACGAGGGACAGGACAAGAACCCCGAGAUGUGCCGGGUGCUGCUGACGCACGAGGUGAUGUGCAGUCGCUGCUGCGACAAGAAGAGCUGCGGAAACCGCAACGAGACGCCCUCGGACCCGGUCAUCAUCGACAGGUUUUUCCUCAAGUUCUUUCUUAAGUGCAACCAAAACUGCCUCAAGAACGCUGGCAACCCACGGGACAUGCGUCGGUUUCAGGUGGUCAUCUCGAAUCAGGUGAGCGUCGAAGGACCCCUGCUAGCAGUCUCAGACAACAUGUUCGUGCACAACAACUCCAAGCACGGUCGACGGGCUAAGCGACUCGACCCAACUGAAGUACCAUUCGCCGCGACGCCUUGCAUCAAGGCGAUCAGCCCCAGCGAGGGAUGGACCACCGGAGGAUCCACGGUGAUCAUCGUCGGAGACAACUUCUUCGACGGUCUACAAGUAGUGUUCGGCACCAUGCUGGUCUGGAGUGAGCUUAUCACGUCUCACGCUAUCCGGGUGCAGACGCCUCCACGACACAUCCCCGGCGUCGUCGAAGUGACGCUGUCGUACAAGUCCAAGCAGUUCUGCAAAGGCGCGCCGGGGAGAUUCGUCUAUGUCUCUCUCAACGAACCCACAAUCGACUACGGAUUCCAGCGGUUAGCCAAACUCAUCCCGCGCCAUCCCGGUGACCCCGAAAAGCUUCCCAAGGAGAUCAUCCUCAAGCGGGCGGCCGACCUUGCCGAGGCGCUGUACAGCAUGCCUCGGCAGAACCAGCUCUCGUUGCAAGGUCCGCGCUCUCCUGCACUCUCUGGAGGAUCGGCCGGCUUCAAUGCAUACGCCGCCGCCGGUCAGCUGGCCGUCAACGUCCAAGAAAACGAGUACGGCCGCUCGCAGAGCAGCAGCGUGUCGCCUCGGGGCUACGGCUCGAACGCCUCGACGCCACACAGCAGCAGCGGCGCCGCCACAGCCGGGGGGCCAUACGCCGCGAACGCCGCCACGUACGCCGCCGCGGGGCCGCUACCCGGGUCGCCGGGACUCUUGAACGGCAUGGGAGGCAUAGUACCGUCCCACUUCGCCGCCAUGAACCCGUUCGCGCUGCCUACGUGCAACGGCCAGUCAUACGGCGGCUCCAUCGUCACCUCGGGUGCCAAGUGACGCUGAGCGGUCGUCCUGUACAAUGUGUAUAAUCAUGGACUCGUUUUCUACCGUGUACAUACUAGGAGGAGGACCCCUGUACAGAGCCGACCAGACUACGCGGCGUCGCAGCCGCUGGCACAGGCGCCGCCCAGCCCCUGCGGCGCCCGCAGCCCGUGUCAUAAUAAACGUCCUGC